AUGUCACUAGUAAAUUACGAAUCAGACGAAGAGAAAGAAGCACAGGAUUUUGAGAUUGGGGAGCCUUUGUGGGUACCAUCCAAAACGAAUAAUUGGUGUUUCCCAUCGCCGCCUGAAGAAGAUGCUGACAGCCUUUUAAAGAAGAAAAUUAAACAGUUUUUAGAAUUAAAAACAAACAAUGUACACUUCCAUGCUCGUCUCGUGGAUAAUGAGAAUUUCUUAAAUCCUAAGUUAUUAGAUACUUUGCAAGAAUAUGCACAUAUAUCUGAGCCUACGGCAUCCAUGAUGCCUUCGGCAACUUGGACUCCUCAAAGUCUUCCCAUUAAAGCUUAUGCGAAAUAUUUACGAGAGGCACAAGAGGAUUUGAUCAGAAAACGAGAGCAAAAUCAGAGAAAUCGAACAGAAAUUGCCUUUCAAAAGUCUUCAGCGUAA